CGGCCCAGCAGAUUGGAGGACGCGGAUUCUGGCGGUGUGAUGCCUAACCACCCAAGACGAGAUCAAGGGUCGGGAGCAAAGAGGUGGGAAAGAAGAGCGAAGGAGCAGACGGACGGGCUGGAGGAUGGGGGAGGCAGGAUGAAUAAAUACAAGUUCGAAGGGGCAGGGGAUGACGAGCCGGCCGGGGGGCACAGCAGACAGUGAGGCGAUUGCAUGGCGGAUGAAGAGAGCAGGCAAAAGAAAAAGUAAAAAGCGCCGGAUUGGGAAGAGGCUGGGCUGCGCGAUGCUUGCCAAUGAGCGUCUGGAUGGGCGCCGGUCAGCAGUUGAUAUUAAUUGCUCCCUCGUCACCAUGGCACCCCAGCGUGGCACAGACGCCGUCCCCGACUGCCCUUCAGCCGCACUGGGAGCCUGGAGAAGACUUUUGGCUCCCCAUCAUAUCAUGAAGCAUCACUGGCAUGUUGCCCGUGGAUCGGCAGCUGAUCGGUCACCGACAUUUGCCAGUGCGCGUGUCUCAUGCGCUGUCCAGAUGCCAGAUGCCAGGAGAGCCCGCGGACUAGACUGGCCGAUCCCGCUGGGGUUGGGGACGGUUACGGCGCACCGAAGAAUUGGAAUGGGCGCCCAGUGACACUCUCCAACCAGUAGCAUCUCGCGAGGGAGUCAUGGAGGAAAGAUGUGAAUCAUCCUAGGCAGCAGGCCCCUCUCGUAUCCUGCCAGGAUCCCCCGUCGUCAAUGCGACCAGAGCUAGGCCUGCAGCUUGCCCACAGCCCAAGCCAGUGCAAAGUGCCUUAUCAAACACCUUUCAUCCCUG